AUGGCUGAUUUCACCGACAAGCUUCGGCCUGCUGACCCCCAGGGCCCAGAUGUCCUGGCCCAAGAGAGAGCUGGGUCCAGCGUGAAUAAAGACCAACUCGCAAAUCACCUGCUCUCGCGCAAUGACUUCCUCAAUCGGCAGAAGAAGAUCCUCGACAUCUUGGAACCCAUCCCCAUCUUCUGCAAGAAGAAUCAACUCAACAUGGCGCGCCCAGACCGCUACCAUCUUGGAUUGGCACGGGCGAAAGCCAUUAGGAGAUUGACUCUCAAACACGGCUGGGACCGUGAAGACUAUCUCAUGGCCGACUAUCUGACGGAUGAGAUGGGUCCAUACGCCCUGCAUGGGUCAAUGUUUAUCACUUCGAUUCGAGAGCAAUGCAACGAAGAGCAAUACGCCUACUGGAUGCCGAAAGUGGAGAGUUGGGAGAUCAUUGGCUGCUAUGGCCAGACUGAGCUCGGACACGGCAGCAAUGUCAGGGGCAUCGAAUGUCAAGCCAAAUGGGACCCCAAGACCAAGGAGUUCAUCAUCCACAGCCCAACAAUCACAGCUAGCAAAUGGUGGAAUGGUGCUUUGGGCCGAACGGCAAGUCAUGCUAUUGUCGUUGCACAGCUGUUGCUACCAGACCCCAAUACUGGAAAGUACAAAUCCUAUGGUCCACACCAGUUCAUCGUUCAGAUUCGGGACAGGAAAACGAACAAGCCAUUGGACGGCAUUGUGAUUGGUGAUAUCGGCCCCAAAUAUGGUUACCCUGCCAUGGACAACGGCUAUAUGCUCUUUAACGAGCUGAGAGUCCCUCAUUCGGCUCUGCUGUCCAAGUAUUCUGGAGUUGAUCCAGAGCGCGGGACAUACAUCAAACCGAAAAACGCUGCCCUUGUCUACGGGUCUUUGACCUUUAUCCGUGCUCAGAUCAUCAUGCAGGCAAGGCUCGUCCUCGCUAGAGCAGUUACGGUUGCGGUUCGCUAUCUUUCUAUCCGUCGACAGUUUUCAGACCGAGAUGCAAAGGACGCAGGCGCUCCUGAACAGGCCGUGCUUAACUAUCCCACGGUCCAAAUCCGGAUUCUCCCACUUCUGGCCACUACCUUUGCUCUGCAUUACACUGGCGAAGCAAUGUACAAGCUCUACUACGGCACCCGAGACCAGAUCGAGAAGAGUGGAGACUUCUCCCGUCUGGCUGAGAUGCACGCAGCCUCUUCUGGCUUGAAAUCCUUGUGCACCACGUUGGCAGCCGAUGGUAUCGAGACCUGCCGUCGGUCAAUGGGAGGUCACGGAUUCGGAGGUGGGAGCGGCAUGAUCGCUCUUAACAAUGAAUACCUCUCCAAACCUACCGUGGAGGGAGAUAACUGGAUGAUUACACAACAAACCGCAGCCUACCUGAUCAAGAGGAUGACCGAGGUCACGAAGAAUCCUCGACUGAAGCCGACGGAUACCGUGGACGUCCAAUUCCAAGACUUUGUGGCCAACAAGUCAAAGUCAUAUGAUUUUGAUAUCCUUGGAGAUCCACAGGAGCUGGUCAAAGCAUUCAAGCACAGGGCUUCAUAUCUCUCCUAUCAAGUCUACCAGGCCAGGGUCAUUGAGAAGAAGCCCUGGACGAGCAUGAUGAUCAGCCUGCACAGACUCAGUCGAGCUCACUCGGAAAGUCUUCUUGUCUCGAAUUUCUACAAUGCCGUGUUCGAGAGCACCCCGAAUCCUCCCAUUGAUGCCGCAACCUUGAACGUGUUGAGGGUCUUGUUCCGCCUCUUCUCUCUCUUCACGCUGGACGUAUCCGCUUCGGAAUUCUUGCUGUCCAGGGCGAUAUCCGUCGAGAAGUUGCAGCACGUGACACCCGCAAUCCAAGAUCUGAUGACCCAAGUGCGGCCUCACGCUGUUCGACUUGUGGAUGCUUGGUCUAUCCCAGACUACUUGCUUGAGAGCGCACUGGGAAGUUAUGACGGUGACGUAUACAAUCGACUCUACCACAAGGCACACAAGGAGAAUCCCCUGAACCAGCUGACCUUCAACCCGGACUGGAAAACUGAGGAAAUUGUGAUGGGCGAGGGUGAAGAGAAUGCCAGGAGACGGCUGGAGGCCCUAGCAUUGGGGGUGGGAGGACGCGAACAGUUUGGGGCCGUCAAGUCAAAAUUGUAG